UAAGCUAGUGAAGAUUUUUCGCCAUCAUGUGGCAUUACGUCAAGUUGCUCGCCUUGUUUAAUCCCUGAUUUUCGCGUAAUGCGAGUGCUUAAUAUAAAUCUGGGCCAGCAGCCAAGCAAAGUCUCGCGGCAAGAGAGGCUUCGUUCGUUCUUUGCUUCUUCUUUCUAGCUUUGCUUCUGGCGAUGGAGCUUACGAAGUUCCUUCUGGUCUUUGGAGCCUGCUGCCUCGCCGCUGUGAUCCAGUUCUUGCCAGGAGCGCAGGCCGCCCAAGUAGUUUGCACUGCAAACCCGAACCGCUGGUGCUUCGAUCUCGUCCUUCCCUGUCCCAGGAGGUGUCCCAAUCAAUGCAGCGUCAAUUGCAACGCUUGCUCCACUAGCUGCGAUGUCCGGAGGUGUAACAGGCCAGGAUCGGUCUGCCAGGACCCCCGCUUCGUCGGUGGCGAUGGAAGCGUCUUCUACUUCCACGGCAAGAGGGACCAGGACUUCUGCAUUGUCUCCGACGCCAAUCUCCACGUAAACGCCCACUUCAUCGGAAAGUCCAAGAGCGGCCCGGGCCUCAAGCGCGACUUUACGUGGGUGCAGUCGCUGGGAAUCCUGUUCGGAGACCACCCAGCUCAGCUCGGUGCCAGAACGUUGCAACUUGGGACGACUCCGUCGAUUACUCGAGCUCCAGCUCGAUGGCAGCGCGUUAGAGACAGCUUCACACUCAAGGCUAGAGUUGUACCUGUGACUCAAGCCGACUCCAAAGUUCACCGCUACGGGAUCACCCCGGACAACUGCUUCGCACAUCUCGAUGUCAGCUUCGAGUUCCACAAGCUGUCCGGCAACGUUGCUGGAGUUCUCGGGCAGACUUACGCGCCCGGUUACAAGAGCCGAGUGAACUCCAGCUUGCCAAUGCCGAUCAUGGGAGGCUACAAGGAGUAUCUCACGUCUGGCCUCCUGAAUCCCGACUGCCCUGUGUCGAGGUUCGGCGUGGCUGCAGUUGAAAGCUCGAAGUUUUCCUUCCCUGCAGUGACCUGUGGGACGGACAACAAAGGCUUCUCGUGCCGUCGCUAG